GGACAGCGGAUUUCCGGUUCCUGGAGCAACGAACGGCCGCGGCGGCGACAGCUACAGCUUCAGAGGAAGCGGCUGCGGAGGAGGAAGGCGAGGAGCCGGAGAAGGCGGGAGCCACGGGCGGGAUUCUCGCCAUGGGUCCGCGGACCUAGAACCGUGGAACGUACCAGCCGGGAGCCGAGCUGGCCGCUGCUUCUUCCCGUGGUCCCCAUGGCUGAGGACUGGCUGGACUGCCCAGCCCUGGGCCCCGGCUGGAAGCGCCGUGAGGUUUUUCGCAAGUCAGGUGCCACCUGCGGACGCUCAGACACCUACUACCAGAGCCCCACAGGAGACAGGAUCCGAAGCAAAGUUGAGCUGACCCGAUACCUGGGCCCUGCAUGUGAUCUCACCCUCUUUGACUUCAAACAAGGCGUCCUCUGCUAUCCAUCCCCCAAGGACCAUUCCUUGGCCAUCACCAGCAGGAAGCGGAAGAAGCCUUCGAAGCCAGCCAAGGCUCGGAAGUGUCAGGUUGGACCUCAGAAGAGUGAAGUCAGGAAGGAGACACCAAGGGAUGACACCAAGGCUGACACUGACACAGUCCCAGCUUCACUUCCUGCACCUGGGUGCUGUGAGAACUGUGGAAUCAGCUUUUCAGGAGAUGGUACCCGAAGGCAGCGGCUCAAGACUUUAUGCAAGGACUGCCGAGCACAGAGGAUUGCUUUCAAUCGGGAGCAGAGGAUGUUUAAGCGUGUGGGCUGUGGGGAGUGCACGGCCUGCCAGGUGAAGGAAGACUGCGGGGCCUGCUCCACCUGCCUCCUGCAGCUGCCCCGCGAUGUGGCCUCGGGGCUGUUCUGCAAGUGUGAGCGAAGACGGUGCCUCCGAAUUGUGGAAAGGAGCCGAGGGUGUGGCGUGUGCCGGGGCUGUCAGACCCGAGAGGACUGUGGCCGCUGUCGAGUCUGCCUUCGCCCUCCCCGCCCUGGGCUCCGGCGCCAGUGGAAGUGCGUCCAGCGGCGCUGCCUCCGGCACCUUGCCCACCGCCUCCGUCGCCACCAUCAGCGAUGUCAACGACGCCCUCCCCUCGCUGUGGCUCCCCCUGCUGGUAAACAUGGCCGCCGCAGGGGAGGCUGCGACUCCAAGGUGGUGCCCCGGCGGCGUCCACCCCGAGCCCAGUCACCGCCUCCACCUCCUCCACCGCAGCCUCCAGAGUCUCCAGAGCUGCACCCCAGAGCCCUGGCCCCCUCGCCACCUGCUGAAUUCAUCUAUUACUGUGUAGACGAGGACGAGCUACAGCCUUACACAAACCGUCGGCAGAACCGCAAAUGUGGGGCCUGUGCAGCCUGCCUGCGGCGGAUGGACUGUGGCCACUGCGACUUCUGCUGUGACAAGCCCAAAUUCGGGGGCAGCAACCAGAAGCGCCAGAAGUGUCGCUGGCGCCAGUGCCUGCAGUUUGCUAUGAAGCGGCUCCUGCCAAGUGUCUGGGCAGAGUCCGAAGAUGGGGCAUCGCCGCCCCCAGCUCACCCUCGUCGAAAGAGGCCUGGCUCUACUCGAAGGCCCCAUCUGGGUCAGACUCUGAAGCCUCCCUUGGCCACACCCACAGCUCAACCAGACCGAGCCCAGACUCCAGUGAAGGAGGAAGCGGGCGGCGGCUUUGUGCUGCCCCCACCUGGCACUGACCUUGUGUUCUUACGGGAGGGUGCGAGCAGCCCCGUGCCAGUGCCUGGCCCAGCCUCGGCUGCCACAGAAGCUCGGCUGCAGGAGGCCCAGUGCCCUGGCCUGAGUUGGGUUGUGGCCUUACCCCAGGUGAAGCAAGAGAAGGCGGAUGCCCAGGAAGACUGGACACCGGGCUCAGCCAUCCUGACUUCUCCUGUAUUGCUGCCCGGCUGCCCCAGCAAGGCAGUAGACCCAGGCCUGCCAUCAGUGAAGCAAGAGCCACCUGACCCUGAGGAGGACAAGGAGGACAACAAGGAUGACUCCACCUCUGACUUGGCCCCAGAGGAGGAGGCAGGAGGGGCUGGCACGCCCGUGAUCACGGAGAUUUUCAGCCUGGGUGGAUCCCGCCUCCGGGACACAGCAGUCUGGUUGCCAAGGUCCAAGGACCUUAAAAAACCUGGAGGUAGAAAGCAGUAGACUGGAGGCUUCUGCAGACUGUAGGACUCAAGGUGAUACUUACAGACCGACUUUAUCAGAGACAACACUGAUCUGCUCAGAGGCUGGACCAUAGAUGGAUUGCCAGGGCUUGUGUGGGAGUCAGUAGGAACUGGGAAAACCUACCACCAAACCAGAGGAGCAGGCCUGUUCAGUACUCUGAGCUUAUAGAGGAAAUAAGCAGAAAAGGAAGACAAAGAGUAGAAAGUUGGUGCAUCUCCUCCAACCAGUGCAAACCCCAGGAGCCUGAGUGUCAUAAGAAGUGUGGAUAUUAAAGAUGGGGGAGCUGGGAUGGGAGAGCCGACGUGAUUAAAGCCACCUUUGGCCUAAACAAGCCAUCAUCAUAAAUAAUUCUAAAUGGAUUUGGAUGAGACCUGGUAGUGUCUCUAAACAUUUCCUCAGGGAGACAGCAGUUCGGAAUGUAUUGGGAAUGUAAUGUGAAUAAAUGAGGAAAGGAACUGCUAUUCGUUGAGUUCCUCCCAUGGACCUGGUUUAAUCCUCAAAAACAUCUUUUUAGAACGGCAUUGAUUGGGCCCAUUUUUGCAGAAGGGAAAAUGAGAUUCAGAGAAACUAAAUAACUUGUCCAGUGUCGAACAGCUAGUAUCAAUAGAGCCUAGGAUCAAGAGCAAGCCCAGGUUGUAAAAGCCUUGUUUUUAAGUUAAGCCACUAAACUGUUAACUGUAACCUAUAUCCAGUAGUGUGUGAUAGUGUCAUAUUAACAAGUUUCCGGUGACCUGACAAAAGUGGAUUCUUCUAAGCAUAACAACAAAACCCCUUACAAACUGCUGCCCCUGGGGUGGCAUAGGAAACACCAAGACAGUGUGGAUCGUGCCACCUUGUCAGCACGCAUGCCUCCUGAGACUGGGUUAUUCCCAGGCCUUGGGUGCCACAUAGGAUUCCUCAAACCCAAAAGGGCAUCUUUCCCCACGGCUGAUAUUUACCGUCACUCCCUACCCUCAGCCAAAGCAGUCUUCAGAAUGAAAGCUCCUGGCCUGGCUCAUGUUUCCUCACAACUCACUUCCCUGUCCCUUGAUGACCUUUGUACUUGGUUUCUACUCUCAGCCCCUGUCUUCUAGGAGUCUGAGCUCCUGCUUCAAGUCCCGCCUAAGGGCCAGUCUUGGCUCAGCCCUGCCUCACUUUCCAAUUCUUCAUAAAGUGCCAAAAAGAUUACAUGUGUGAUUCAUUACUUAGCUUUACUGGGCUGGGACUGAGUGCCGGCCUCCUAAAUUUGUAGCCUAUGUGCCUCCCUUGCUUACUGUAGUCCCAGCCUCGCAGCUUUAGAGAAUUCAGAGGUAGAGUAAGCGUUUCUCUACUUUUAACUCAUUUACAGCCCUCUGCCCCCUUCUCUGCUUCUUCCUUUGCCUCACCCUACUUAUUUCAGCCAGAGUCAAGACUGGAUAAUUUUCUCGUACUGUUUUGCUCCCUCCCAGGAUCCAACCACCCAAUCCUCAUAUUCUGGUGGUAUUUUGACAGUGAUGCCCUAAAUGAAAUUUGAGAAUAGCAUUCUGACUCAUGAGAUGUUACCGUGUGUGUCAAGAUACAAUCAGAAAAGCAGCACUACUAAUAUGAAGAUUUUAUAUAUGUGUGUAUAUGUAUAUAUAAAUAUGUAUAUUAUCUUAAGGGAUUUAUUGUAGGUGAUUUGAUCUUAUGCAAUUGUGGGAGCUGGUUGAACAGUCUGUAUAAGGCUGUUGUCUUUGCAUCUAAUGCUGGAGCUUGAAGUCUGCAGGGCAGGCAAUCGGGAAGGGAAGAUGGAUGUAAAAUGUGGGAGACGGAGGACAUACUGGCGCCCACAAGCACAAGCUGGAAACCGCAAGGAUGGCCUGGAAGCCAUGUCAGCCUCUCACCACCUCCAGCUUCGAUGACGUGGGUGUCCUGCAGAAGAAACUGGUGCCCUUCAUCACAGAGUUAAAUAUGCAUCUGGUCCAGGAAUUAGAAAAGCUGAAGGAAGAUCCUGGGGAAGGUGGAGCAGCUGCAGGCCUGGCUGCAGGCCUGACUGUUGCCCCAUACCAACGAGGUGAGCCAGCAGAUAAAUGACGUGUGUGAACUGCAGCGGUGCCUGGUGCUCCUGCAGCAACCUUCCGAGUGUGCUGCUGCUGCGCGUCUGCCCUCCAGUUCCCACGCACAGUCUCUCGUGGCCUGUCCUAACUGGAAGCAUGCAGGGAAGGGGAUACUGGGAAACGUAGCCUAGUCAAGGUGACACGUUACAAAGCCACCCUGCCAUGAAUCAGCUCCUAAGGGUCUCACAACUCACCUGAGGAUAACUUGGUAAAGCUGCGUUGCUGAAAAUGCAAAGCUGAAGACCAUGGAUUUCAUGGUGACCCCAGCAAGUACAGAAAUUCAAGCCCAUCCAGAAAAAACUUGCUGGUCUCGGCUAUUUUUGUGUCAUUCAUUCAGGUAUCGAGAGCCUGACCCAUGCUAGGCACUGUACUUAAUACUGAGAUUCAGGAAUGAAAAAGAUAUAGUCCAUGCAGUUUUAUUAAAUACAUCAAUAUGUAUUUACAAAUGAUGAAUUUCCAACUUUAUCGUGGAAUUUAAUGGUGAAAAUACAGAAUUCAGGAAACUGUUGGGAGGACAGCCCUUGCGUGACCUUGUUGGGGCACAAUAGGCAUUGGAAAUAUAGUUUAUGCUGUUCUAUUUUUAAAUUAUUUUUAAAUUA